AUGCAAUCGGAGAUUGGGCCGAUCGUGGAUCCCGCCGGAUGGAUACGCUGGAACGCCACCACUGACCCUUCGAAGGUAACGUACGGAGAGUAUAAGAAUUAUGGUCCUGGAUCGGACGUUUCCCAGAGAGUUAAAUGGGCCGCGUACAAGCCCGUUAUGACUGAUGCCGAGGCAGCCCAGUAUACCGUUGCCGCGUUUAUCACUGGAGCCGAUUGGUUACCGGCGACCGCAGUGCCUAAUCAGCUAACUUUAGAGCCUAAUCCGCUAAGUUAG